AGAACUAAAUAUUUUAGUCACUUGUGCUAUAUUAUAUGAGUGAAAUAUUGCUCUGAUUUUUCUAAUGUGUUCUUAUACCAGGCAAUAAGCAUAGUAAUACUGUGAAGUCUCAGGUUAUACAUUUUUUUUUCAGAUUUGCGAUGCUUAACUUGCGGAAUUUGGGAUAUUCAAAAGUUUUAGUAGUAUACUUUGAUCAGAAGGUGCACAAAAAUUACUGUCAAGAAAGUACAAUGGAACAAAGAUCGAUUUCUAAUGCAUUAGCUCUACUUGUUUUACUACUGUGUUGCUUGAUAAUAUAUGCCAUCUAUGAUUUAUGCCUGAAAGCCAAAAUUCUCCGAGCAAAGCUUCGAAGGCAAGGAAUUGAUGGUCCUCGGCCUAGUCUUAUUUUAGGGAAUGUUCCUGAUAUACAAAAAAUUGAGUCCAAGGAACUGGAUUCGGAUGCUUCAACUUCCAACUUGAAUGAGCCCCUGUCACUAGACUGUCGUUCGGUACUGCUUCCACAUAUCAGUCAGUGGACCAACCAAUAUGGAAAAACCUUCUCUUUUGCACUGGGAAACAUACAAAUUUUGUAUAUAGGAGACAGUGAAUUGGUAAAAGAGAUAAGCCUUUGCAGAUCAUUAGACCUGGGGAAGCCAUCUUACUUGCAGAAGGACCGAGGCCCUCUAUUGGGCAAGGGUCUUCUCACAACGAAUAAGGAGGUUUGGACUCAUCAGAGAAAAACCAUUGCUCCUACUCUUUACGUUGACAAAGUUAAGGACAUGCUCAGUAUAGCACUUGAAUCUGGUAACACCCUUGUGAAAGCAUGGGAGAAACUAGUUGAAACUGAGGGUGGCAUUGCAGAUAUAAGAGUUGACGAUGAUGUGAAGAAUUUCAUGUCAAGUAUAUUUUCCAGAGUCAUGUUUGGCAGAUAUGAUAUUGCAGAAAAAGGCUUGUUUUCCAAGUGUCGGGAUCUCAUGGAAGCUUCUGCCUCACCAGACGAACCCAAUGGCCGUCCUUUCUAUAGAUUUUAUCCCACCAAAAUAAAUAGAGAACGAUGGAGACUAGAAAAGGAGAUAUACCGGACUAUCCUAGAAAUGACAAAGAAAUGUGGUGUGAGUGAGGCUAAAAGCAUGAUACACACUCUUGUGGACGGCUCUAAGCAUGGAAAACUUGGGCCAUCUACACCUCAACAAUUUGUAGUUGAUAACUGCAAGGAACUCUGUGUUGUAUCAUUGUUUGUUCCUGGUACCACUGCAAUCUGGGGUCUAAUGUUAUUGGCAUUGCAUCCUGAAUGGCAAGAUCGUGCUCGUGCUGAGAUAUUGGAAGUUUGUGGGGGACAAAUUCCAGAUACCGAAAGGCUCAGCAAAAUGGGAGUACUCAAAAUGAUCAUCCAGGAGAUAUUGAGGCUGUAUCCAGGGGUAGGAUUCAUAUCCCGGGAGGCACUAGCCGAUGUCCAUAUUGGGAAGAAGUUGUGCCUUCCAAAAGGAGUCAACAUUUGGAUAUGGGCAGCAGCUCUGCACCGAGAUCCUCAGCACUGGGGUUCAGAUGCUCUCAAGUUCAACCCAGAGAGAUUUGCUAAUGGGGUCGCAGGAGCCUGUAAAAUCCCACAGGCUUAUAUACCAUUUGGCUUUGGGCCACGAACAUGUCCGGGAAGGAACCUGGCCAUGAUGGAGCUCAAAAUUUUGUUUGCGCUGCUCUUGUCAAAAUUCUCAUUCUCUCUCUCGCCUAAUUAUCAACAUGUUCCUAGGUUUGGUGUACUUGUAGAGCCCAAAUAUGGAGUCAAUCUCCUUGUUCAGAAGCUGUGAUAUCUCUAAACAUACUUCAACCCAUGCCCGGCUGCCACCAACUGUAUACUUAGCUUACAUAGGUAUUUCCGGGAUGGUGCCUGUGUUUGACAGCAAUGUAAAAUAUAGCUGUUCAGAUAUCCUGAACACUAAAAUAAAGUGUCCCAACUCCCAAGUACUCCUUGCUGGUUUCACUGUAAAUUGUAAGAAUGUGCUUGUUCUUGACUGAAAUGCCCAAAGUUUUACAUCAA